GCCGGCGCAGGUGGCAGGAGCCGCGUGCGGUCGGUGCCUCGGGCGCGUCCCCGGCGGGCGGUGACCGCCUCCUUCCUGCCCCGGCGGCGAGGCGAGCGCGGGGGCACAGCUGCGGCAGCCCCGCCAUGUGCCACCGCCCGCGCGAGGCACCGGGACCCGCCGCCCCCGCGGGGAGCCGGGGGCUGCUCCCACCGCCCGGGGAGGGGGCACCCGGGGAGGGGGCCCCGGGGCUCUGCCUCGAGCCGCUCCUCGGGGCGGUCCCGUGGAGGCUCCGGCGGGAUUGGGGCUGAAUCCUGUCAGCGCGGGGAUGGCUCUUGCCGGGCUCCAGCGGCAGAGUUGGACCCACGGGGGGGUACAGGAGGGGCCCCCUCGGCCCAGGUGCUGGGGGGGGGCGGCUCCCCCCGGGGACAUCCGUGUGCCGGCCCACUGUGGCGAGGCGUGUGACGCCAGAAGCGGAGCCGAGCCUCAUAUUUGGGCACGAAGCAGGUUAUUGGAGGCCGUGGCCCCGCAGCUGGGCGAUGCCUCGGCUGAUAAAGGCUCCCCUGGUGCUGCCGCCUGCAGCGGCUCCGGCGCUGCCGCUACAUCCUCCCCUGGCUGCGCUGGGGGUGCGGGACCUGUCGGGGAUGGGGCCGGUCGGGGCGCUGGGGCUGCUGCUGUGCCUGCAGCUGUGUGGGGGCUCCGGGCAGCUGCGGCUGGUGGGGGGCGGCGGGCGCUGUGCCGGACGCGUGGAGGUGAAUCACGACGGUGAGUGGGGCUCCGUCUGCGUCUACGACUUCGACUGGGAAGCCCGCUGGGCCACCGUGGUGUGCCGGCAGCUGGGCUGUGGCCGCGUGGUCUCGUUGUCCCCGUACGCCCUGUUCGGGCAGGGCAGUGGCCGGAUCUGGCUCCAGCCCUUCUUCUGCCUUGGCACCGAGGAGGUGCUGGAGGAGUGUCCGCACUUCGGAUGGGGCCAGCACUACUGCGGCCACGAGCGGGACGUGGGGGUGAUCUGCACAGAGGCCGUGGAGCUGAGGCUGGUGGAUGGUGGUGGUCCCUGCGCCGGGAGGGUGGAGGUGAAGCUGUGGGGACACUGGGGCUCAGUGGGAGAUGACAACUGGGACAUGGAGGACGCUGAGGUGGUGUGCCAGCAGCUGGGAUGUGGCUCUGCUGCCGGCGCCUACUUCGCCGGCGACCGCUUUGGCACUGUAGCUGGGCCCAUCAACUUGGCCAUAGUGGACUGCAAGGGUGACGAGGCCACGCUCUUGGACUGCAAGAUCCGUGGCUGGGGACCCUACAACGGUACCCAUGAGUUCGACACCGCCGUCAUCUGCCAAGGGUUUUCCCGGCUGGUCGGGGGUGACAGAGCCUGUGCCGGGCGGUUGGAGGUGCGGCAGCGCCAGGCCUGGGUUGGCGUCUGCGCGGAGCACGUGGACAUGAAGGUGGCCCAGGUGGUGUGCCGGGAGCUGGGCUGCGGCGCGGCGCUGGCCAUCCCCGGCAGCGGCCGGUUUGGGGCGGGAACGGGGCCGCUGUGGGAGGGGGAUUUCAACUGCAGCGGCACCGAGCCCCUCCUCAGCGCCUGCGCCCGGCGGGGGCCCCACAGCCAGGGCUGCGCUGGCCACGCCACCGUCAUCUGCUCCCCCUACACGGGCUUCCGGCUGGGGAACAGCAGCUCGGGCUGUGCCGGGCGGGUGGAGGUGGCGGUGAGGGGCACGUGGGGGUCCGUCUGCGCCACCGACUGGGACCUGCCCGAUGCCGACGUCCUGUGCCACCACCUGGGCUGUGGCCACGCCGUCACCGUGCCCCCGGGAGGCUCCUUCGGCAGCGGGGACGGGCCGCUGAGGCCGGACGCCUUCGGCUGCAGCGGGAGCGAGCGGCACCCGGGCGAGUGCCCCGUGGCUGUGCUGGGGGAGCCCCCCUGCAGCCCGGGGAAUGCCGCCGCCGUCAACUGCUCAGGCACCAUUAAUUCUGUGCGGCUGGUGGAGGGUGAGAGCCGGUGUGAUGGGCGACUGGAGGAGGCCAUAACCACCCCAGCCUGGCGCCGUGUGCCUGUGGAGCAGUGGAAGAGAUGGGAUGUCUACAUGGUGUGUGCUGUGCUGGGUUGUGGCCUGCCACAAGAGAUCUACACAGCCUUGGGUAAGGCACCCACUGCACUGACCAGCAGCACAAGGGAGGUGGAUGUCGUGACGGAGGAGACGGAUGUCGUGACGGAGGAGAUGUACGACAUCUCGGGGAUGGGCCCUGAGCUGACCAGGAGCCUCAAGGAGAUGGAGGACGUGGCAGAGGAGAUCUCUGAUGUCUCAGGGAUGGGCCCUGCACCAACCAGCAGCCCUGAGGAGAUGGUCAUCGUCUGCUCAGGUGGGUGUCCCGAGAAGGGCCGGGGUGCUGGUGCCCCGAGCAGCCCCCAGCCCGGUCCUUCCGUGCCCGCAGGCAGCCGGCGGGUGAGGCUGGCGGGCGCUGCCGGGCGCUGCGCCGGGCGCGUGGAGGUCUAUGCCGGUGGCACCUGGAGCAGCGUGUGCCAGGAGCGCUGGGACCUGCGGGCCGCCGCCGUUGUGUGCCGGGAGCUGGGCUGUGGCGCGGCGCUGGAGGCCCCCGGCUCGGCGCGCUUCGGCCCCGGGCCGGGCACAGCGUGGCCGUACGCGGUUGAGUGCGCCGGGAGCGAGGAGUCUCUCUGGGAAUGCCCACGCUCGGAAGGGCGCGAGUGCGAGCGCGGGGCCGGGGCCGUGUGCUCAGAGCAGCUCUCCCUGCGGCUGGCGGGCGGGCGCGGGCGCUGCAGCGGGUACCUGGAGCUGCUCCACGACGGCACCUGGGGCCGCGUGUGCGCCACCGGCACCAGCCCCGGCACCGCCGCCGCCGUCUGCCGGCAGCUGGGCUGUGGGGACGGGGGGCAGCUGGCACCCGCCCCCGCCCAGCAGCCGGCCCCCGCCUGGCUGGCCUGGGUGGGCUGCGAGGAGGGGGCCCGCUCGCUCUGGGGGUGCCCCUCGGCACCCUGGCACCUGCAGGCCUGCGGCCCCGGAGGGGACGCCUACGUGGCUUGUGCGGAGGACAGUGACAACCCCAGUGAGACAGCCACCACCCCGUGCCCGGACGGGGCCACCUGCACAGCUGUCCCCAGCAGCAGCGGCCCUGCGGUGGCCAGGGGGACUGUGCCGGUGCCAAGCGGGCAGGUGGCCAGGGGCACUGUGCCGGUGUCAGUGGUCCUGUGCGUGGUCCUGGGGACGCUGCUGUGCCUGGCCCUGGGUGCCCUGGCCGUGCUGCUGUGCCGUGCCCGCGCUUGGCGCCGAGGCACCGGCAGAGCCGUGGGUGCCGUCCCCGACGCCAUCUACGAGGAGCUGGACUACAGCGCGAUGCCGGAGUACCAGGAGGUGCCCAGUCGCCCAGGUUCCCCGCGGGAGGGCUCGGUGAAGAAGCUGCUGUAUUACACCGGGGACAGCGUGGAGGGGAGUGACACCGGGGCAGCCCCAGCUGAAGGGGGAUGGCACAGCCAGUCCCUGCCAUGGCCACUGGGUCAGUGCCAUGUACCCCUGUGCCAGUCCCAGCCCCCCCUGCCCUGCCUGGGCACGGAACCUCAGAUGGCUACGAUGAUGCCACAGCAGGAACCCCGGAUGGCUAUGACGAUGCCAUGGUUGGAACCCUGGAUGGCUACGAUGAUGCCACGGCCGUGCCAGAGGAGUCCCCCGCUCUCAGCACUGGGGACAUCUCCGAGGGGGUGGCAUGGAGGGGCUGGAUCUGUCUCCCACCCACAGGUGGGAGCUGCCCCCCUCCAAGUCCCCCCAGAGCCAAAGGGGACCCCCCGGGACAGCCCCCGGGGCACAUGGACUGUGAUGAUGUCGGCACCGGCGCCCUGGGGACGUCGCAGUGAGGAUGUCCCGGCCACGUCCCAUCCCUGGGGACACGUGUGCAGGGUGAGGGGGCUCUGUGUCAUCAUCUCUGAUAAUGUCAUUUGGGGUACUCCGGUGUCACUGGGAGGGUGGUGUUGCGGUGGAGGAAAUGAGUCGAGAAGCAAGGGGGUUUGGUGGGUUCCCCCAGAAAGAGAGGGGACCAAAAUGGCCAAAAUUGCCUAAAAAUUCAUAGAGAGGGAUUGUGUGUCUCUGUAAAAUACUAAAACCUUUAAAGUUUGUUAUUUUAAAAUAUAUUGACGAAUAAUAUCAAU